UUUUUUUUUUAAUAUAUACAGCAAAAGAAUAACUCCAUUUGUGAUGAUUUUCAACAUUGAUGACCUCGUAGUUCAUUUCCCUUAUGAUAAAAUAUAUCCUGAACAAUAUCAAUACAUGUGCGAUUUAAAGAAAUCCCUUGAUGCACAGGGUCAUUGUGUUUUAGAGAUGCCUUCUGGUACUGGUAAAACUAUUUCUUUACUAUCACUUAUUAUUGCAUACCAAAUGCAAUAUCGUGAACAACAUAGAAAAUUUAUUUAUUGUUCACGUACAGUACCAGAAAUUGAUAAAGCACUUGCAGAAUUAAAGAAUUUAAUGGCUUAUCGACGCUCACAUGGAUUAGAUGAAGAUUUUUUAGGAAUUGGAUUAACAUCACGUAAAAAUUUAUGUUUAAAUCCAGUAGUAGCAAAAGAAACAAAGGGUCGAGCUGUAGAUUCUAAAUGUAGAAAUUUAACUGCGAGUUGGGUACGAGUUAAAGCUGGUGUCGUAAAAUCAGGAAGACAAAAAGAUAAUAAGGAAGAAGAAGGAGAUGAUCCUAUGGACGUUGAUAAACAUCAUGUUGAAUUAUGUAAUUUUUAUGAGACAUUAGAAUCGGCAAAUUCACCCAAUCCUAUUCCAAAUGGCAUAUAUACAUUUGAAGACCUUAAAGAAUAUGGCAAAAAGAUGCAAUAUUGUCCAUAUUAUCUUGUACGACGAGCAAUUCCUUUUGCCAAUGUUGUUAUCUACUCAUAUCAUUAUAUGCUUGAUCCUAAAGUAGCAGAACUUGUAUCGAGAGAAUUAUCAAGAGAUUGCAUUGUAGUAUUUGAUGAAGCACAUAAUAUUGACAAUGUAUGUAUUGAUUCACUUAGUAUUGAUUUAACUAAGCCUAUCUUGGACGCAAGUGCAAGGAGUAUUGGCGUAUUAGCUGAAAAAAUCGAAGAGAUAAAACAAACAGAUGCAGAAAGAUUAAAAAAUGAAUACACAAGAUUAGUAGAAGGAUUACGUGACGCGAGUUCUGCAAGAGAUGAAGACACUUUUAUGGCUAAUCCAAUCUUGCCGGAUGAUAUGUUAAAGGAAGCUGUACCAGGUAAUAUUCGACGUGCAGAACAUUUUGUAGCCUUUUUAAGAAGAUUUAUUGAAUAUUUAAAGACUCGUUUACGAAUUAUGCAUGUUGUUGCAGAGACACCUUCUUCAUUUUUACAACACUUAAAAGACGUAACUUACAUUGAAAGAAAACCAUUGAGAUUUUGUGCAGAACGUCUUUCAAGUUUAGUACGAACAUUAGAAUUAACAGAUCUAGAAAACUUUAGUAGUUUGCAAAAGGUUGCAACAUUUGCAACUUUAACUUCAACUUAUGAUAAAGGCUUUUUACUUAUUUUAGAACCAUUUGAGACUGAGACAUCAACUGUUCCUAACCCUAUUCUUCAUUUCACUUGCCUUGAUGCAUCUAUAGCUAUAAAGCCCGUAUUUGACCGAUUUAGUACAGUAGUUAUUACUUCAGGUACUUUAUCACCUCUAGACAUGUAUCCUAAAAUGUUAAACUUCCAAGCCGUUGUUCAAGAAAGUUACCCUAUGACAUUAUCAAGAAAUUGCUUCUUACCUAUGAUCAUCACUAGAGGUUCAGAUCAAGUCGCAAUCAGUUCUAAAUUUGAAGUACGAAAUGAUCCAGCUGUUGUGCGUAACUUUGGUCAAAUUAUGGUUGAAAUGGCUAAAAUUGUACCUGAUGGUAUGGUUUGUUUCUUUCCUAGCUAUUUAUAUAUGGAAUCCAUUGUAUCUAUGUGGAAUGAGAUGGGUAUCCUAAACGAAGCCUGGAAAUACAAAUUGAUUUUUGUGGAAACACCAGAUGCAAAGGAAACAAGUUUAGCAUUAGCUAAUUAUCGAAGGGCAUGUGAUAAUGGUCGAGGUGCUAUUUUGUUAUCUGUAGCAAGAGGCAAAGUAUCAGAAGGUAUCGAUUUUGAUCAUAAUUAUGGUCGAGCAGUAAUUAUGUUUGGUAUACCAUACCAAUAUACAGAGUCACGUAUCCUAAAAGCGCGUUUAGAAUAUUUACGUGAUAAUUUACAUAUUCGUGAAAAUGACUUUUUAACAUUUGAUGCUAUGCGACAUGCUGCUCAAUGUGUAGGAAGAGUUUUACGAGGUAAGACAGACUAUGGACUCAUGGUAUUUGCCGACAAGAGAUUUGCAAGGGCUGAUAAAAGAGCCAAGUUACCAAAGUGGAUUAACCAAUAUGUAACUGAUGCCUCUACAAAUCUAUCCACAGAUAUGUCAGUUGUUAUUGCUAAAAAAUUCUUGAGAUCGAUGGCUCAGCCCUAUGAAUCAAAUCAAACAGGCGUAUCUCUAUGGACAUUGAAAGACAUUGAAAAGCAUACAAAAUAAGAUUGUUACAAGGCAAGCCAUCCAUUAUAUACAGUAUAAGUUUUUCUUUUUUUGGGAUAAAAUGGGCAAUGAUUAUCAAAUUUUAUUACAAUGUUCUUCAGAAAAUAGGUUAGAAUAAAAAGACUUCUUUGGGGUAUUUGUUUAGUAAAUAAAGAAUUUUCAGUACACGUCUGAAGUUAUCAAAAUAAGUGCAUCCAUCAUUCUUCUUGAAAAUGAGUUUAAUUCAAACCAUCUUCCUAACUUGUUAGUUGCUGCACAAUUAUCUCUUUGCUUUUGGCUUUUUUUUUUUUUUUUUUUUU